AUGGCCUCAAGAGUUCGUGCUCCUAAUGUUCGACAACGUUUUCUUGACAUUAACGAAGAACCAGAUAAACCAUUACCUUCAUUACCAAUACCCAUUACUAGAAGAAAACGAAUACAAUCAUUACGUGAAUGUGUAGAACCCAUUCUUAAUUUAAACUUAGUUGAAGAUUUAUUAGAUAAAGUGACAUAUUCAUUAGAAAAAUGUAAAAAUCCGAAAGACGAUCUUACUCAAGAUCAGUUUGCUGCAUUAUAUCUAUACUCACUUCAAACUUCGUUCUAUACGAAGUUUAAUGGUGCAUUACGUGAUGAAGAUCGCACAAAAUUAGUACCAUUUUAUGACUAUUAUAUAUUGUUUAUGUCCGCACUAGACAAAUUACCAUCAAUUCAAAAUAAUAUGUGGCGUGGUGUUACUGCUAAUCUGAAUGAUCAAUAUAGGCCAGGUACCAUUCACAUAUGGCAUGCUGCUAGUUCAUGUUCAGAUCAAGUACAUGUAACUGAUGCAUUUCUCGACAAAAAGAAGCAUAGAACACUAUUCAAUAUUAAAUGUUAUAAUGGAAAGACAAUUAAAAAUCAUUCACGUUAUCCGAACGAAAGCGAAACUAUUUUACCACCUGGUACAUGUAUACGAGUUAAAUCGCAAUAA